AUGGCAAAUUAGGUUGAAUUCAAAUAACUUGGUUUCUUGAAAGGUCAUGGUGAUUGGGUUACUACUAUCAUAACAAAUUAAGAUCCAACUUUGGCUGACUUAGUCAUUUCAGGCUCAAGAGACAAAUCCAUUUUAGUUUGGAAACUAUUCAAACAACCUGAUGGUGAUUUAGCUGGUCAACCAAGAAAACAAUUAAAUGGACACUCUCACUUUGUUAGCGAUUUAGUGUUGUCAAAUGAUAACAAAUAUUUAUUAUCUGCUUCAUGGGACAAGGAAUUGAGAUUUUGGGAUUUGGUUAAUGGAACUUGCACACAUAGAUUCGUUGGAAAUAAAAAGGAAAUCUUUACAUGCGCAAUGAGUCCAGACAAUAGAUAAAUUCUUUGUGGUGGAGCUGAAAGAAAAUUUAAAUUAUACAAUGUUAAGGCUGAAGAAAAACUCACCCAAUAAAGCCAUCUCCACUCUGAUUGGAUCAGCUCUGUCAGAUACUCACCAAUUAUCAAAAAUAUCUAACCAUAUUUUGUUACAGUUGGUUGGGACGGUUGGCUUAAAGUCUGGAAUUAAAAUUUUACAAUCAGAUUCUAAUUCAAAGCUCAUGAUUCUUAAAUCAACAGCGUUGCCAUUAAUCCAUCUGGUGAAUACAUUGCUACUGGAGGUAAAGACAAGAAAUUAAACCCCUUUGAAUACGAUGCUGGAGGAAUCAUUAAUUAACUCGCUUUCCAUCCUUAAUAAAAUUGGAUCGUUGCCGCCACAGAAAAUGGAAUAAAAGCUUGGUAAAUAUCAUAAGAAGAAAAAGCUGAAACCAAAACACCAAUUGUUACCUUAGAUCAUCACACUGAAACUUUGGUUGCUGGCGGAGUUAAGAAGAUCUAAAAGCAUGGUGCUAUUUCUGUGGCCCUUGAUGCUAAUGGUGCUAAACUUUAUGGAGGCUUCACAGAUGGAUCAAUCUUAGUUUGGGAAGUUUCAACCAAAAAUUGAAAUCAUUAUGUAUAUUAAAAAAAUUACAAUAAACUUACACUAUAAA